UUGGAAUACUUUGUCUGUCAAUGUGCUUUGUUUUUCUUAACUGUUCUUCCGCUCACCGUCACCUACUCACAUUAGUUGAUAGCGUGCCCGGGGCGUGUAGCUAAUUACGUUCUUGAGAUCAUGCCUUCCGAGAAAGAACAUAUUAACGCUGUUGUUAUUGGACAUGUCGAUAGUGGAAAAUCCACUACCACUGGACAUCUAAUUUACAAAUGCGGUGGCAUUGACAAACGUACUAUUGAUAAAUUCGAGAAAGAGGCUGCUGAGAUGGGUAAGGGUUCUUUUAAAUAUGCUUGGGUGUUGGAUAAACUGAAAGCUGAACGUGAGCGUGGUAUCACUAUCGACAUUGCCUUGUGGAGGUUUGAAACCGUUAAGUACAGUGUCACAGUUAUUGAUGCACCUGGUCAUCGGGAUUUCAUCAAGAAUAUGAUCACAGGAACGAGUCAAGCUGAUUUUGCUAUACUGAUUGUUGCUGCUGGUGUUGGUGAAUUUGAGGCCGGUAUUUCCCAGAAUGGCCAAACUAGAGAACACGCUCUGUUGGCAUACACACUGGGUGUCAAACAGAUGAUUGUCGCAAUCAAUAAGAUGGACUCCACUGAACCUCCCUUCUCUGAGACUCGAUACAAGGAAAUUAUCAAAGAAGUAUCUGGCUACAUCAAGAAAGUCGGGUUUAAUCCUGCUGCGGUCCCGUUUGUACCCAUCUCUGGGUGGCACGGUGAUAACAUGAUAGAAAAGAGUCCCAACAUGCCAUGGUUUAAAGGUUGGGACAUUGCAAAAACGAAGGAGGGGAAGAGCUUAAGUGACUCCGGUCAUACACUUAUAGAUGCAAUUGAUAAAAUGGAACCUCCAUCUAGACCAACAAACAAACCUCUCCGAAUUCCGUUGCAAGAUGUCUACAAGAUAGGUGGUAUUGGUACGGUUCCUGUUGGUCGCGUCGAGACUGGUAUCAUCAAGCCUGGUAUGGUCGUGACAUUUGCUCCUCAAGGAUUAACAACAGAAGUCAAGUCCGUCGAAAUGCACCACGAAGCCCUUGCAGAAGCCUUGCCCGGUGACAAUGUUGGUUUUAAUGUGAAGAAUGUUUCCGUCAAAGAUAUCCAUCGUGGUAAUGUUGCAGGCGAUUCAAAGAACGAUCCCCCGAAGGAAGUCGCAAGCCCUACUGCUCAAGUCAUUGUUAUGAAUCACCCAGGGGAGAUCAAAAAUGGCUACGCUCCAGUUCUUGACUGUCACACUGCGCAUAUUGCCUGCAAAUUUAGUGAGAUCAAGGAGAAGAUUGAUCGACGUUCAGGAAAGACAGUAGAAACCUUCCCAAAAUUAAUCAAGUCUGGUGACGCUGCAUUGGUUGAUUUUACUCCAACAAAACCCCUGUGUAUUGAAGCUUUCACGGAGUUCCCACCGCUCGGUCGCUUCGCCGUACGAGACAUGAAACAAACGGUAGCUGUUGGUGUAGUUAAAGCAGUCACGAAGAAAGCAGAUGCGGGUAAAGUGACUAAGUCAGCGGCUAAGGUAGCAAAGAAAAAGUAAAUUUGAGUGUUUUGUUCAUCAAUUAAAUUUUCUGGAUUAAACCUGCUUCUUUG